AUGGCUAGUCAAUGUUUUUCUAAAGAGCCAAUCGCCAUUAUUGGCACUUCCUGUCGCUUUCCCGGCGGCGCCAAUACUCCCUCCAAACUCUGGGAUCUUCUAACUGAGAAGAGAGACGUUCAAUCGCCCAUUCCACCGGAGCGCUUCAACGUCGAUGCUUUUUAUAGCAGCAAUGGGGACAAGAACGGAUGCACCGACGUAAAGAAGGCGUAUCUAUUAUCCGAGGACAUUCGCUUGUUCGAUGCCUCGUUCUUCAAGAUCAACCCUCGUGAGGCUGAGGCCAUGGACCCUCAGCAGAGACUCUUGCUUGAGGCCGUAUACGAGGCCACAGAGACAGCUGGCUUACCCAUGGAGGAUCUGAAAGGAUCUGACACUGCCGUCUACGUUGGGUGCAUGACUGGGGAUUAUCAUGAGAUGCUCAUGCGUGAUCCUCAGGAUAUGCCUAAGUAUAUGGCCACAGGUACAGCUCGCAGCAUUCUCUCCAACCGUAUUUCUUAUCUCUUCGACUGGAAGGGUCCAUCGAUGACCAUCGAUACGGCCUGUUCUUCCAGUCUUGUCGCGGUCUAUGAUGCAGUCACUGCCCUCCGCAACGGCGUUUCUGGCAUCGCCUGUGCAGGAGGUGUCAACCUCAUUCUUGGUCCUGAUAUGAUGAUUUCAGAGUCCAAACUGCACAUGUUGUCCCCUACAGGUCGAAGCAGGAUGUGGGAUGCGUCAGCCAAUGGUUAUGCACGAGGUGAAGGCGUAGCAGCCAUCAUGAUGAAGACUCUGUCGCAGGCGUUGGCGGAUGGCGAUCAUAUUGAGGGGAUUAUCCGAGAAAUCGGAGUCAACUCAGACGGACGUACCAAUGGGAUUACACUUCCCAGCCCUGAUGCCCAAAAGGCACUUAUUCGGCAAACCUACCGGAAUGCUGGUCUUGACGUCUUCAAGGACCGGUGCCAGUUUUUCGAAGCUCAUGGAACUGGCACUCCCGCAGGCGACCCUCUUGAAGCCCGUGCGAUCCACGAAGCUUUCUUCAGCAACGGUAUUAUUGUCGAUGAGCCCAUGUAUGUCGGCUCUGUCAAGACGGCUAUUGGUCACCUUGAAGGAUGUGCUGGUCUCGCUGGAAUGAUCAAGGCUCUUGAGGCUGUCAAGAGAGGCAUCAUUCCACCAAACCAGCUCUUUGAGAAUUUGAACCCAGCCAUCAAACCUUACACUUCCAACCUAAAGCUUCCUGUUGAAUCUCAUCCUUGGCCCAAGCUGGCUGUUGGAUCCGCCCGACGCGCCAGCGUUAAUUCGUUUGGAUUCGGCGGUACCAAUGUUCAUGCCAUUAUUGAGCACUUCGACAAUUCAUCUACACAGACCUCUGCCAACGAGGCUAUCUCUACACCCCUCCUCCUCUCAGCGAACAGCGACCUUUCACUACGCGCCCAGAUCUCCCAACUUGCUGAUGUUCUUGAGAAUGCCGAGAGCCAACAAGUUGAGAGUAUCUUGUACACCUUGGCCCACAGACGCUCGCAGCUCCCUCUCAGGACCUAUUUCUCUGGCCACGAUCUACCAAGUCUCCAGAAGAAGCUGAGGAGUGCUACCGUCGAGGAUAUCGUUCUGCCUACUUCCAAGCAGGAUGUUCCCCUGGGCCCGACCCCACGCAUCCUUGGUGUCUUUACUGGUCAAGGUGCUCAGUGGCCUACUAUGGGAAGGGAGCUCCUGAAGUCUUCACCUUUCGCUCGAAGAUUAAUAGCCUCUCUGGAAGAUUCUCUCGCCAGGCUACCCGAGCCUCCUGCCUGGACGCUUACCGAGCAGAUCAUGGCCGACAAAGACACGUCUCGUCUGAGCGAAGCCGCCAUCUCACAACCCCUUUGCACUGCUGUACAGCUCAUGGUCGUUGAACUACUUCGCAAAGCUGGGAUCAAGUUCGACUGUGUCAUUGGCCACUCGUCUGGUGAGAUCAGUGCUGCUUAUGCUGCAGGUUUUCUUUCUCUUCAGGACGCUAUCAGAGUGGCAUACUUCCGUGGUGUCUGUGCCAAACUCGCUGGUGGAGCCAACGGAGCCCAAGGAUCUAUGAUGGCUGUUGGUCUCUCUUACGAAGAAGCAUCUGUCUUCUGCGAGGAGAACUUCCCCGGGCUUGUUGAUUUGGCUGCCAGCAACGCUCCCUCUAGCACCACGCUUUCGGGAGACAAGGCUGGUAUUGAGGAAGCCAAGGCAUUGUUGGAUCAACAAGGCACAUUCGCUCGUGUUCUUCGGGUCGACACUGCAUACCACUCUCACCACAUGCAUCCUUGUGCUGAGCCAUAUCUUGAUUUGCUUCAAGCUGUCAACGUCAAGGCUCUGCCCGGCGAUGAGUCUUGUGAGUGGUACUCCAGCGUCUUGGGCGAGCGCAUCGAUGCAUCUCUCCACGGUGAGGCGUUGGCUGGCGAAUACUGGGUCGAGAACAUGAUCAAUCCCGUUCUAUUUUCCAUGGCGUCAGAGCUCGCCUCUGGCGCUACGCUGCCUUGCCAUGUGGCCGUCGAAGUUGGACCUCAUCCUGCGCUCAAGGGUCCUUUCAACCAGACUUAUAAGCGUGCGACAGGGUCUCAACUACCGUAUCAGGCUACUCUAUCCCGAAAUGUUCAUGAUGUUGCUGCUUUGAGCGAUACUCUCGGCUUCAUUUGGUCUCACCUGGGUAAGGGGUCUGUCGACUUUACUUCUUAUACUCAGGCCUUUUCCACAUCGUUCAACACAACCUUGGCGACGGACCUUCCUCCUUAUUCUUGGGACCAUACACAGUCGUUCUGGAGAGAAUCCAGAAAGUCUCUCAAGUAUCGCCAGCGUGACCAUCCACCUCAUACUCUGCUAGGUGUGCGAUCCGUCGAAGACCCGGGUGAUAGCUUGCGAUGGCUGAAUCAUCUACGACUUGAAGACGUUCCUUGGCUUGAUGGUCACAAGGUAGAAGGUCAGGUUGUGUUGCCCGCUGCUGCCUACUUGGUCAUGGCGAUGGAGUCUGCUCGGGCUAUUGACGAGACCAAGAGCGUCCAACUUGUCGAGCUGUCUGAGGUCCACAUCAUGAGCGCCAUCCAGUUGGGCCAAGACUUACAAGCCAUUGAGACUGUCUUUAACCUCGAGGUUGGAGACCACCAGCCAAGUCAUGCGACCGCUACAUGGUCGUUGUCUACACCUUUGCGCGACGGAAAUUGGAAGUGCAACGCUAAGGGCAAGGUUCGUGUUGAGUUUGGUUCAAUGGACGGGGCUUCUCUUUUACCAUCGCGGACGACACCCAUCGCUUCUCUGACUUCUGUAGAUGUGGAGAGAUUCUACAGCUCUUUGACAAGUAUUGGCCUUGAAUACGCUGGCGAGUUCAAGCACCUCGACAGUAUCGAGCGACAAUUGAGUUUCGCCACCGCACGCACGCGACACAUCACCCCAGACUUCGCAGCUAUGAUUCAUCCCGCUCUUUUGGAUGCCGCGUUCCAGUCCAUCUUUGCUGCCUACUGCUGGCCCGAUGACGGAAGCCUUCAAGCACCCUUUGUCCCUACUUAUUUCCGAAGUCUCCGCAUUGUCAACACUAGCCAACUGCGACACGACGAUGAGUUGGUCGUUGACUCAUUCUUGACCAACACGAACGAGCGUGAGCUUACUGCGGAUAUGGAUGUUUUCGAAACCACCAACAAUGGGCCUGUGUUGCAGCUCGAGGGGCUGACCUGUACUUCGCUUCUCCGACCUGGACCCAGUAAUGCCAAGGAGCUCUACACAAAGACAGAGUGGGAGGUCGACAUCACUAGUGCCAUCGCAAGUUCAGAAGCCGGCGAGGAGGAUACGGCAUCUGACCUGGAGCUUGUGGACCUGUGUGAGCGUCUCUCUUAUUUCUACCUCCGAGAACUCAACAAGGAAGUCCGCCGCGAUGAGGUUCCCAAUUUUGAUUGGCACUACCAGCGCAUCUUUGAGUGGAUAGACAACCUCUUCCCUUCAAUUCGGUCAGGCAACCAUCCUACUAUCAAGGAGACGUGGUCGUCCGACUCUAGAGAGUCGCUCAUGCAGCAAUCCGCCAAAUUCCCCGGUCGUAUCGAUCUUCAGCUAAUCCAAGCUGUGGGUGAGAAUCUUCCUGCUGUCGUCCGCAAACAGACAACUAUGUUGGAGCACAUGGUCAAGGACGAUAUGCUUAACCGUAUCUACAAGUAUGGUCUUGGAUUUGAGAGGGCCAACGUCUACCUUGGUCGCAUCUCCAAGCAGCUUGCUCAUCGGUAUCCCCGCAUGAAUAUCCUUGAGAUUGGUGCUGGUACUGGAGGUGCCACUAAGGGUAUUCUCGAGUCACUUAGUACUACUUUCAAGAGCUACACGUUCACUGAUAUCUCGACUGGCUUCUUUGAGGCAGCCGCUGAGACCUUUGAACCUUGGGCUUCAAAGAUGAUCUUCAAGCCUUUGAACAUCGAGAACGACCCUACAGAGCAAGGCUUCCCACAGGCGCACUACGACUUCAUUAUUGCUUCGAACGUCCUUCACGCCACUAAGUCCCUUGAAGUCACCAUGCAGAACACCCGUAAGCUUCUGAAGCCUGGUGGCCAGCUACUUUUGUUGGAGGUCACGAGUGAUAUUGUGCGGGUCAAGCUCAUGAUGUCCGGCCUCUCGGGUUGGUGGCUCGGAGGUGAUGAUGGACGUCGCUAUGGGCCGACAAUCCCGGUGUCUCAGUGGGAUUCCUUAUUGAAGCAGACCGGUUUCUCAGGAGUUGACAAGACUGUCGAUGACUUUGUGGACAACAAGAAGUAUAUGACUUCGGUUAUGUUGUCCCAGGCUGUUGAUGACAGAAUGCAGCUUUUGAGACAGCCUCUUGCUACGUCUGGAGACUGGCUCAAAUCACACGCUAUCACCAUCGUUGGUGGCAAGCACAAGGAUAUGUCUACUGAGAUUGUGAAGCUCGUCACGCAAAUCAACGGAGUUCAUGAGAAUCCCAUACACUACGUCGAUAGCUUUGAGCAGCUGGCAUCAUCCGAUAUCCACGUUCGUUCGGCCUUGGUGCUGGAGGAUCUUGACGAGCCAAUUCUCAAGAAUCUGACUGACGAUAAGCUUCGAGGAGUGCAGCGACUCAUCAACGAAUGUCGACAAGUACUUUGGGUUUCUAAGGGGUGCCAGCGGGACGAGCCCUUCGCUAACAUGUCCGUGGGUAUGUGUCGCAGUCUGGCUUCAGAGUACCCACACAUUCAUCUGCAGCAUGUCGAUGUUGAAGGGGAUAUCACAUCACUCACCCCAUCCCGCAUUGCUGAAGCUCUGCUUCAGUUAGUGUAUCGAGGAUCUCUCAAGUCGGACGACAUUGUCUGGUCUAUUGAAGCUGAGUUGAUCCUGAGGGAGGAUCAGUGGUUCAUCCCCCGUGUGAAGUCUGAUCAGGAACUUAAUGAUCAGCUCAACGCUAGCAAGAUGACACUUCAAGCCAAUAAGACUCUCGCCAACGACAUGGUAGAGAUCCAAAAGCGUCGCAACCAGUUCGUAGUCGUCGAGCCAGCUGCUUCGCUUCAUCUAUCCAGCUCUUCAUCACCAGUUGAAAUUGCUGUCACACACUCCCUUCUUUACCCGUUUAAGCUCGGUCACAAGUCUUCUGGAUAUCUUUGCUAUGGAUACACGGCCACUGAGCCCAAAACCCGAGUCUUUGCUAUCUCUGGAUCCAACCGAUCUAGAAUCUCGGUCCCUCCUUUCUUUGCCUGGGAUCUGUCUUCCAACGAUGUCGAACCUGUUAACCUUUUGCGCAAGAUUGCCUUUGCAAUCACUGCGGAGAGGGUGUUCGGGGAUACUGAGAGCGGUUCCACUGUCCUGAUUCACGAGGCAGAUGAGUUUAUUGGUGCUGCUCUCCAGUGGAAAGCAGCCGAGCUUGGUCUCGAGAUUGUGUUGACCACUUCCGAUUUCACCAAGGCCAAGUCAGGAGAUAUGACAUUUGUACAUGCACUGGCCCCUGAGCGUGUGGUGAGCAAGGCCAUUCCACAAGGUACCAGGCUGAUCGUGGACCUUUCCGGAAGGGAUUACAAGAUUACAGAGCCUACCUUUGGACGCCAUAUCUCGUCGCAUAUUCGGGUCGUGCAGCUACAGGAUAUUAUUGAUAGUCAGCCACAAGGCAUUGAAGAUCCUAUCAUCCAUGGUGUUCGGGAUGCCAUCGCCUCUUCACUCCACCUCGAGGGCGUUGGUCCUGUCACUGCGAUCCCCAAUGUGGUCAACAAACCAGUCUCUAUCAAAGACUACGCUACUGUUGUCGAGUUCUCCACCAACGCAACUAUUCCCGCAGUGAUUCAGCCUCUUGAGGGCCACAACCUCUUCCGAUCAGACAAGACCUAUCUUCUGGUUGGUUUCACGGGAGGUCUUGGCAAAGCUCUUUGUCGAUGGAUGGUAUCGUGCGGUGUUCGUCACAUUGCUUUGACAACCAGAAACGUCGAUACUUUCGACAAGGUCUGGCUGGAGGAGCUGACUCUGCAGGGCGCCGAGGUCAAACUCUUCCAGGCUGAUGUCAAUGCGAAGGACGCCCUGACCCAGGCUUAUCAACAAAUCAUCGAGCAGAUGCCUCCUGUUUGCGGUGCUGCCAACGCUGCUCUGCUUCUGUCUGAUCGCACCUUUAGUGAGCUCAAGGUCCAGGACUUCCUCAAGGUCUUUGGUCCCAAGGUCAAGGCCACUCAAAACCUUCAUGACCUACUCAAGGAGCAGAAGCUUGACUUCUUCAUCAUGUUUUCUUCCCUGGCGAGUGUCGUCGGCAACCGUGGUCAGGCCAACUAUGCUGCAUCAAACUUGUUUAUGAGUGCCAUCGCCGCGCAGCGUCGUGCUCAAGGUCUUGCUGCCUCUGUGAUGCAUAUUGGCAUGGUUCUUGGUGUUGGCUACGUUUCUUCAACUGGCGCAUACGAGGCCAUUCUAAGAAGCUCCAAUUACAUGGCCAUUUCUGAGACUGACCUUUUCAAUAUGUUCCUCCAGGCCAUUCUUGUCGGCCAGCCGGACUCUACUCGCGGCCCUGAGCUUAUCACUGGUCUGAACCGCUACAGUCUCGAGCCCGAUGCUCAGAAGUACUUUUGGCGAGACAACAUGCGUUUCUCUCAUCAUACAGUCGAGGAGGAGCGUCAAGAGCGUUCUUCUUCUACCAAGGUGUCCAUGUCUCAACGUCUUGAGGAGACUAAGGAUGCUACUGAGAUCUUGGCCAUUGUUGAGGAGGAGUUCUGUACCAAGCUUGAACGUAUGCUUCAGGCUGAGACUGGGUCGGUUAAGACUUCUCAGUCUCUUCUGGGCCUGGGAGUGGAUUCCCUCAUUGCUGCUGAGAUCCGAUCGUGGUUCUUUAAGGAGCUUGACAUUGAUAUUCCUGUGCUGGAGAUUCUCAAUACUGCUUCUAUUUCGGAGCUUUGUUCCGCUGCGGUCUCUAGCCUGCCAGCGGUGUCCGGACAGCCGGCCGAGUCCAAGACAGAGGUGACUAAGGAGGCGAUAAAAUCACUCGAUACCGUCCAAACAUCAACAUCGGUGUCAUCAGCACUGCCCACUGAGCAUGAGCCUUUCACUCGCCCUAACUCUACUCAGGUCUCCACCAGCGAAACCGACUCCGAGGAGAAGGCAUCACUCAAGCCCACGAUUGUCCGCAGUGGUCCUUUGUCCUUCGCACAAGAACGUCUGUGGUUCCUCCAACAGUUCCUCCAGAAUAAAGCUACCUACAACGUCACCAUGCGCUACCGGAUCAGUGGCCCUCUACGACUAAAGGACCUUGGUGAUGCUUUCCAACAAGUCAUUCAGCGUCACGAGACUCUUCGUACGGCCUUCUUCAUCGAUCCUAAGACCGAUUCCCCCAGACAGGCCGUGCUCAAGGAUUCCCCUUUUAGCCUGGAGCUGAAGCACAACACUACCGCCAAGGCUGAGUACAAGCGUAUGCAGCAGACAACUUAUGACCUUGAGAGGGGCGAUGUGAUCAGAGUCGUGAUUGUUCCCAACUCAGACGAGGAGCACGACCUCAUCUUUGGCUUUCAUCACAUCGCACUUGACGGCUUCAGUGCACAGAUUAUGGUGCGAGACCUGGCCAUGGCUUACUCUGGGCAGACUCUCGCACCGAAGGAGGUCGGCUAUCUGGACUUCGCUAUCGCACAGAAGUCAGCCAAGUUUCCUACUGACAGUAUCGGCUACUGGAAGGCCGAGUUUGAAGAGCCUCCACCAACUCUGCCUGUGUUUGACUUUGCCGAAACUAACAUGCGCAUCCCCUUAACUGACUAUACCACACGAGCAUAUGAGCGGACUCUUCCAGCUGAAGAAGGCGGUAAGACAAAGGCCGCUGCUCGAGCUCUUGGUGUAACUCCCUUUCACAUUCACCUCGCCGCACUUCAAGUUGUCCUUUCGGAUCUUGCUUCUACCAAUGAUAUCUGUAUUGGUAUCACCGACGCCAACAAGACUCACGCAGCCCACAUGGACGCUGUCGGCUUCUUCGUCAAUCUCCUGCCCCUGCGUCUCCAAUCAAAUCCAUCGCAGACACUAGCUGAGUUGGCCUGCAACGCCAAAACCAAGGCCAACCAUGCCCUUGUCCACUCUCAAAUCCCCUUCGACGUCCUUCUUGACGAGCUAAAGCUUCCUCGAUCCACCAUGCAUAGUCCCUUGUUCCAGGUCGUCCUCAACUUCAAGAUGGGUUCUACUCAGAAGGUGCCUCUCGCAGACUGUCAGGCCCAGCUCGUCACUUUCAAGGAUGCUGACAACCCCUACGAUCUAACAUUCGAUAUCGAGACUUACAAUGAUGGUUCUACUUCUAUUGUCAUCAAGACUCAAGAGUAUCUCUACACCCACAGUGAGCUUGGUUUCGUUCUCGACAGGUAUAUCGAUGUCCUGUCUCUUUUUGCCAGUGAAUCUUCGCAAACUCUAGGUCGGGCCUGCAAGCCUACUACUGCCCAGAUCCAGAAGGCGUUGAGUCUUGGAAAGGGCGAGAGGAUUCCGUCUCCUCGCUUAGAGACACUGUCUCAUUACUUUGAUGACUGGGUUGAGAAGCAACCUGACACUAUUGCACUCCGUACUGAUGAUGGCAAGGCCUUGACUUAUCGUCAAUUGAAGGGGUUGGUCAACCAGAUUGCGGCCACGCUUGUUGAAGCUGGCGUCUCUCAAGGUUCCAAGUUUGCUGUGUACUGUGAGCCAAGCAUGUACAUAUUCGCUUUGCUCAUGGCUAUCGCCGAGGUCGGUGGUGUUUACGUGCCACUGGAUGCUCAGAACCCGAUCAAGCGCCUUCAGCUUAUCGUCAAUGAUUGUCAACCUGAUGUACUGGUGAUAGAUGAUUCGACCAAGGACUCUGCUCCGGAGCUGGAAACCGCUGCCAAGUUCAUCAACGUGUAUAGCAUUGACCCUACUUCUUCGGCCUCUCCUGACAUUGAGAACCGCGCUCGGGGCUCAGGCAUGGGUUACAUCUACUACACCAGUGGAACAACAGGAGUGCCCAAGGGUGUCGCCCUCACUCACACCAACCUUGUACACCACAUUGACGGUUUCAUCCAUUACACCGGCCUCAGGCGAUGCACGAUGCUCCAGCAGGCUCCUCUCGGUUUCGAUAUGUCACUCACUCAGAUGUCACUCGUUGCCGUGCUUGGAGGAACUCUUGUUGUCGCUUCAAGUGAUACACGUACGGACCCCAUGCAAAUUGCCCAAUUGAUGCUCGCUGAGAAGGUUACCCACACUUUUAUGACACCUACGCUGGCUUUGGCUGUAAUUCACCAUGGGUAUGAGUAUCUGAGCAAAUGUGUUGAUUGGGAAUUCGCUUUACUCUCUGGCGAAGCUGUCCGAGCUCAUGUCCCUCCCGAGUUCAAGCGCCUUGGUCUCAAGAAUCUUAGUCUCUAUGAUGGUUAUGGACCGACUGAGAUUACUAUUAACAGUAGUUGUGGUCUCAAUGAGCUUAGCGAUACGACUCCUCACGACACCCGCAACCCUAGUAUCGGUCUCGCUCUUCCCAACUACUCUUGCUACAUCUUGAAUGAGAACAUGCAGCCAGUCCGUCCUGGAUUCCCGGGCGAAUUGGUUGUCGGUGGCUGUGGUAUCGCGAUUGGAUACUUGAACCGGGGGGACCUCACCCAAGCUAGGUUUCUUCCUGAUCCUUUUGCAUCACCUGAGGAUAUCUCUCGUGGUUGGACCCGCAUGUACCGCACCGGAGACAAGGCAAGGUUCCUACCUGAUGGGCGUAUCGCCUUCCUUGGACGUAUUGCUGGCGACUCCCAGAUCAAGCUCCGAGGAUUCCGUAUUGAACUCGAAGAUGUCGCCAACACCAUCGUCAAGGCCUCAAAGGGAGUCAUUCCCGAAGCGGCUGUGUCUUUAAGAGAAGGUGAGAGCGGUGACGGAGACAGUGCUUUCUUGGUUGCUUUCGCCAUCAUCUCUGAGGCCCACUCGCCUCCGGACGUGAAAACCUAUCUGAAGCAGCUACUAAAAGAGCUAUGCCUUCCUCGCUACAUGAUCCCAGCCAGAAUAGUCCUCACCGAUAAAUUGCCUAUGAACUCUUCUGGUAAGCUGGAUCAGUACGCUCUUGAUGCUCUUCCUGUCCUGGUGGAUGACGAUGUCGUUCCGCAACCGCUCUCUGAGACUCAAGAGAGACUCAAGCUAGGUUGGCUCAAGGCUUUACCUCCUGUCACCGCAGACGUCAGUAUUGGACCUGAUACCGACUUUUUUGCUGCUGGUGGCAACUCCCUUCGCAUUGUUACACUGAGGGAGUAUAUUUCUCGUGAGUUCGGUGUCACUGUUUCCGUGUUUGAUCUUUUCCAGGGGAGCAUGCUUAGUGAGAUGGCCGCCAAGAUCGAUGGGUCAGCUAAGGCUAUUGACACGAAGCCAAUUGACUGGGUCGAGGAAACCCGGGUCGAUUUGACUAUCUCGCCUACAGAACCACAAACAUCUCAAAAGUGCAACGACUUGCAAGUUGCCCUGACUGGAUCAACUGGGUUCUUAGGUCUCUCUAUCCUUAAAUCGCUCCUUGCAGACAAACGUGUGGCAAAGGUGCACUGCCUUGCCAUUCGUUCCUCGUCCAAGCUAGACCCUGUCUUCUCUUCAUCGCGAGUUGUCUGCUACCCGGGGGAUUUAUCUCUGGCUCUUCUUGGAUUGUCUGAGGAACAAUUUGAUACAUUCGCCCGAUCGAUUGACCGCAUUGUCCACAAUGGUGCUGAUGUUUCAUUCCUCAAGCAAUAUCAAUCCCUUAGACGGUCCAAUGUUGAGUCGACCCGGGAACUGGCCCGAAUGGCAGUUGCACGAAGCAUUCCCUUCCACUUUGUCUCUACUGGUGGUGUUGUUAAUCUCACUGGUCAAGACGGCCUUGCUGAAGUUUCAGUUUCUGACUACAAGCCACCGGUGGAUGGGUCACUCGGCUAUAUCGCUUCCAAGUGGGCUUCAGAGCAUAUUUUGGAGACUUACACAAAGCAUGGCCUUCCAGUCUGGAUCCAUCGUCCAGCCAACAUUACGGGUACGAAUGCGCCAACACAGGACUUGAUGCAGAACAUCUUCCACUACUCGGCUGAGACAAGCUCUCUCCCAGAUCUUUCUAGCUGGAAGGGUUACUUUGACUUUGUCCCUGUCGAAAACGUAGCGGAAGGCAUUGUCCGCUCAGUCGCUGAGAUUGGCGAGGGCAAGGUAGUCUAUCGUCACCACUGUGGUACACAGAAGGUCGCCGUUCAUGAUGUGAAAAAUUAUUUUGAGACGGAGCAGGCCAAGAGUAUGGAGACGACCGACAGUGUUAUUUACCUUGACCUUUAUGCCCUCUCCGAUGCGAUUGGGGGCGUUACCAAGAAAGACCUCGACACUCUCAAGACAAAGAGGCCUAUCUUGGUCAACUCUGCCGAUAUGCACACUUUCUGUGUAAACUCUGCCGCCCUGAAGGCUUCUUCAAUCACCAGCAAGACUGAAGAUCAGCGAAAUGGCAAGAUCGAACGUCUUGCAGGCGGCAGAGAGCCCUCGGGCAUUUUGCAAGACUCUGCAAGCGGGCUACUAUCUGGUCCCAGUCCUCCCACAUAUGAGGAGAAUGUCCAACCCGUUAAAGCUGCCCUAAAGCUUCUUCGACAAGAAGGCGUCACAUCUUUUCAGGAUGCUGGAGCUGACGAGACCGCGGCAAAUGCUUUCGCUGCAGUGAAGAAGGAAGGUGGUUUGAGCGCUAGAGGUUUCUUCGACUACUCCAUCACCCCUCCAGAGAACUCCACAGGACGGUGGAACGGCAAGGAGGAAAUUGGAUCUAUGGCAUCCCUCAAAUGGCAUGCUGUUAAGAUGUUUAUGGAUGGCGUUAUUCUGUACCCUCCAAACACCGGAUCCCUCAUUGAACCCUACUUUCAACCUGUCGACAACAGGUCAAUGUGGAAGCCAAAGUCUAACACCGGGCCGAAAACAUACUGGGAUAAUGACCUUCUCACCCGUACUCUCACUGGUUUUUUCAAGAACGGUAUCGACGCACAGAUCCACGUUGACGGAUACAUGGCCGUCCGAACUGCUUUUGACGCUCUAGAAGCUGUCAGAGAACAGAACCCCAAGCUCCGUGACUACCGUGUCGGGUUCGCCCACAAUGAAGUUACCGAUCCUUCAGAUUGGCCACGAUUCGCUGAGCUCAAGGCUGACCCUAUUAUGAACUUUUGGUGGUCACGGGCGCAAUAUCUGGAAGCUUUUGGUGAGAUUGCCAAGUUUGGCUCUGCGAUUGUGCAUGGCAGUGACUGGCCGAUUGGCCCUCUUGACGAGUGGCUUUCUUUCAAGGCUGAAGUUACUCGAUCAGGUGAUCCAGAAAUCCCACGCUCUCCUGCAUCUCAAGGUGCACCCUAUGAAGGCAAGGGUCUUCCAGCAUUGACGCUCACUCGAGAGCAAGCCAUUCGCGCCAUUACCACUGAGAGCUCGAGGUUCCUCCGUGUAGACGCAUACAUCGGGUCACUCGAAGUCGGUAAGCUCGCUGACGCCAUUGUUCUCUAG